AUGGCCAAGAUAAUCAAGGUAGCUUAAACUAAUUAGAGUUUAUAGAAGAAUUUAAAGAAGAAUGAUGGCAACUGGCCAAGUACUCAAACCAGGUGAUCACAUCUAUUCUAAAUGCUUUGGAGGUUUGUACGAUCACCAUGGCAUAUACGUGGGAAAAGCCAAGGUGAAAAACCCCAGAACAGGAAAAGAAGAGCAAAUAGAAAAUGCAGUGAUUCAUUUCCUUGGACUGGACAAGAAUGGGAAAGCUAAAACAUAUCGACCCCAGUGCCCGAAAUGUUUUCACGAGAGCCAUGAACUGGGAGUGGUAUUAACAUGCCUUGACUGCUUCUAUGACGGUAAUACAAUCUAUCGCUACGAAUACGAAGUGUCGUUAUUGAGCUUUACUUUUAAAAGCAGUGGGAGUUGCUCUACUUUUACCUCUUCUGAGCCUGACGUGGUUAUUAAGAGAGCAUAUAGUUUCCUCCAUAAAAAAAACUUCGGAGAAUACAGCCUUUUUUUUAACAACUGCGAGCACUUUGCAACCAAGUGUAAAACCGGGACCACCCUAUGCAAUCAGAUCUUGUUCGGGACAGGAGUGCCCGGUGCCAUCGCUUAUAAUGUUGCAAGAGGCUUUACAAAAGGUUUAUUCUGGAGUUAAAACUUUCAUCUUGCACUUAAAUGACGGGGAUUCAAAUAUUGUCAUCUUCUCUCCUAUUUCAAUAUUAUAAUAAAAAAAAUAUUUGUGUAUGUGCAUGCGAGCUUGACAAUUUAAUGUUAUUUUGAUGUCAAUCCGGAAAUUAAUGCUUUUAUUUUAGGCUUUGUAAUGUGGAAUAAAGUGGGGGUGUAUCUUGUACCGAGGACUACUGAUUAUCUCAACACAUAAAUUAAUUGUUGGAUACUGUAAUUUUAAAUUUCUAAA